AUGCACCCCGACACUGGGCCUUCCCGCGCCCCGUCGUACCCUCUCAAGCCCAUACCGCCGGGCGGGGGCCUCAAACGGUCGCCCCCGCCCAGGGCAGGGCCGUCGAGAUGGGAUGACUUUGAUCGAGAAAGAGAAAGGGACGGGUAUCGUGGCGACGGCCCAGCACCAAGACCAUAUCCAAUACCUGCCUGGUCCAACCGUCCACCUCGCCAGACAUCACGCUACCCACCGGGUCCAAACUCGCGUCCACGUAGCCUCUCACCGUCACCCCCCCGCCGGUCUUUCGACCGCCCAUCCACCUGGGAACGCGAUCCCCCAAGAGCAGGCCGAGACUGGGAGCGCGAACGCGAUUUGGACAGCCGCUACGACGUGCGCGAUCGUGUGUCGCUCGACGCGGGGUGGCAGGGCGAGAACCGCACACUCCGCAGACCUUCCUCUUUCUCCCCUCUUCCUUCCCGGAUACCGCCUGGCGAAAGACGGGAUGAGCGCGCAUCGUGGGGGGAGAGAGAACGGUGGGAUGAGAGGGACAGGGCGCUGAGAGGGAGGACACCGCCACAUCUUGUGGGGUCGCGUUAUCCCCCGAGUCGGGCACGAUCACCCCCACCGCCCAUCGUGAGAGGUCCCCGGCCAACACCCGCAGCAUCCACCUCGUACCCUGCGCGGAUACCGCCAGGGAGACCGCCACCGUUAAGAGACGACAGGAAUUUCCAGCCUAGACGCACGUCGGGCGGUGCGUCGUCGCCCAGGGCCGUGUAUCCAUCAAACGUCCAGCCUUCACCGACACAUUCGAAAUUCUCAGAACCCAUCCUCUCGGGACACGCUCGUUCUCAACGCGGCUCGUCAAGUCCUAUAGAUCAUAAACGCUCAAGAGACUUUGACAGACCUCUCAGUCUUCCGCCUUCGACAGCUCCCAUAUCUGCCUUUGCGCCUCUGGCCGUCAAGACCGAAUCACCCCCUUCCCCUGCUCCUCAGCCUACGCAAAUUCAAGCGGGGGACGACGACAAGCGAGACGGGGGAGAAGCAGAAGAAGAUUUGGAAGAAGGUGAAGUCGUCUCGCCUGUACAUGUCUCGAGGCCAACACCGGCAUGGGACGAACCUCCCCGCCGGUGGUCUCCCCCGCGCGAACGCGAGAGGCCCCUACCGCCUUGGGAAAGAGAACGCGAAUGGGCAAGAGAUAGAGAGCGAGAACGAGAUUUAUCUUGGGAGCGAGAAAGGGAGAGGGAGAGGGAGAUGGAUAGACGGAGAGGGUCGCCCCCGCCUGGUCUUGGGUUGGACGGGUGGAGGAGGUCUCCAGAGCCGAGAGAGCCUAGGGAGAGAGAACCGUGGGGGACUCGACCGAGGCAGAGCUUGUCCAAUCCCCCAAGAGAGAGGGUUGCGUCGCUGGAAAUCCCGGCUGCUGCGAAACCUGCGCAAGAGCCUGCUUUGACAAUUGAAGCGGUUCCAGAGAAGGUGCAGAAAAAGGACAAGGAGCCGGAAGAAGGCGAGCUGCCGUCGACGAGUCCUGCUGUACCGACGCACGAGCUGGUAGAGGAGAGUAAAGUGGAUCAGCCUGCUACACCGCCUGUACCUCCACCGGCUUCCAUCGAGCCUGCCUCGGAGGCUGAACCCCAGCCUGAGCUUGCAGCGCCCCUGGCUGAGCCUGAUCAAGUUGCUGAGGCGCAAUUCUUGGAACAACCCUCGCCGAAGGGUGUCAACACGGUGGAAAAGUCUCAAACCCCUGCGACACCGAGCUUCCCACCCCCAUCCUCAACCCCCGCCCCUCCCGUCCCUCUUCCCACAGUAGACCUGUCUCUCCCCGCCACGCCCGCUCUUCCUGCAUCAGAAAAUCAGUCAGAAGACGUCGUCAUGGAAAACCAAGUCAUUGCCACUCGCGUCGGCGUCUUGCUCACUACGCAAGCGAGACCGGAAGGCGAAGAUGUAGUGAUGGCCGAGGCUGAAGUGGAGGUGACACAGGAAGAGACAAAGGAUGUCUUGCCUACUGCCCCCGCCGCCCAAGUUGUUCAAGUGUCUGAAUCCGAAUUGUCUCUUUCCACCGAGACUGUUGUGGCGCAAAAAGUCAUUGCUGAGAGUGAUUCUAUGGGUGUGGACGUUCCAGAGAAUGUCCCUCAAACACCCACUACGCUACCUCCCCCACCCGUCCCUGCGCCCGAACCAUCAUCGACCUCUACCAACCGCUCCACCAUCGCCGAACGCCGCUCCAUCCUCCUCCCCCCAACCACCGCCCCAUUCGACCGUACCCCGCUCAAAGACCCCAUGCCCACAAAUUCCACAGACCACACGGAAGAUGCCGGCCCGCCCACUGGGCCCAUUGGCGGUACGCCCGGUCCGGAUAGGGAGGAACAAGAAGAGGAUGAGGAUGACGCCGAUGAUGAGGAUAGGAUGGAAGAGAUGAGGCAGAUGAGGCUUGUGGCUGCGGUAAAGCAGGCGCAGGGGAAGGAGAUUGUGUUUCACGAUUUCCCGAUCCUUGCUUGGAACCUUGCUGCAGCCCCGGAAGAGACGUCUCGCGUCAUCGCCAAAACAGAUGCUGAACGCGAAAAGUAUCUGCGCAAAAUCACGAAACCCAUGCGUAAACAACAGACCCACGCGGCCAAAUUUGUCGGGAUCAUUGUCGCAAGGGAGAAGAAGGGAGAAGAGCGAAAGGUGCGAGAAUUGAGGCAAGAGUACUUGGAGUUGAAUGAGGAGUGGAUGGAGCAUAUCGCAUACCUCGAUGGGCUUAUGAAGGAGAGGGGAGAGCCGCCUGCGGAUUUCCAGACUCUUCUGGGGCCUACUGGUGUGACCAAUGCUUUUCCCGGUGCUCAACCCACAACGCCUGGCGUCGACGAAUUCUUUUCCUCCCAUUCCUCCCGCUCCAACCGCCGAAGAGGCCUUGGCGAUAUCGUCUCUACAGAUGCCGAGCUCGAAGAGAUCAUGGCUGCCAUUGCCCAGCAAGAACAAUCUGACCCGCUCCUCCGGGCGGCCAAGACUGCGGCGGUGGUACCGGAUAUGAUCCUCAGCGAAGAGCGGGGUCUGAAAUAUGAUGAUGAUAACGAUCUCGUCCAAGAUCCCAUCUCUUUCUACGACUUUGAAGGGAUUGAAGAGCCGAUUUGGACGAGUGAGGAGAGGGCAAUCUUUGUCAAGCGGUAUCUCGCGUACCCAAAGCAAUUUGGAAGGAUCUCGGAUGGGAUACCAAACAAGAGUGCUGGGGAUUGCGUGCUGUACUAUUACCGCACAAAGAAGGAGGUCGACUACAAGGCAAUGUUGGCGCACAAGCGGGGCGGAGGCAAGAGAAAGUUGGCGUUGAAGAAGGGUGUCAAGAGUUCGGCGUUGAUGGCGGAUCUCACGCGAGCAAAGCCUACCGUGCCCGGAAAAGACGAUGGGCCUGUUUCUACCCCUGUCAGAGCUCGAGAGGCAUCGGUCUCUUUUGCGCCUACUACUGGCAGGAGAGGACGCGGUGGACAUGUAGGAGAAGGCGGGAGGAGAAAAAAGCGGGGUUCGCAAGUGAGCGUGCCUGUGACUCCCAGCGAGGAGCAUGAUGAGGAGACGUAUGGCGAGUCUGCAUCGACUUCUCGCGCGGGAUCGGAAACGCCAGCAACAUCUGGUAAAUCCAAGAUGCGCAUGACUGUCAAGACCGCCAAGCGCCCUCGAGUCAGUUCUAUCCCCGAAAUUGCUACUACACCUUCACAUGCCUCAUUCUCGUCGGUGCCCAACAGUGCUGUGACGGAAGCUGUCACGCCUAUUGGUGGAGGCGCCGAUAUGGGCACCGAGCUGGCAGCGAAUGCGUUGGCAUCGCUGGCGGAUGCUGCUAGCUCGGCUGCACAGGCUGAACUCGUACCGCCUGUACGAAGACCGGGUAAGCGACGCAAGGUCACUGCUCCUGUCGAAGGCGAGCCACAGACUCCCAACCCCAACGCCGACCCCGCCGAUCCUUCCGCCCCGGCCGUGAAUGGCGCUGCUCCUGCACCUCCUGCCGAAAAGCCCGCGCGACGGUCAGCGACGAAUUCGUACUGGUCCGUGGAAGAGAAGCGCAAGGUCAAAGAGCUCGUGUCUGUACAUGGUAUGGAGGCCAAACUCAUCGCGGCGCAAUUGAAGGGCAAGUCGGAGAGGCAGGUGGUGAACUAUAUGGAAGGCCAUCGGGCGGAGCUGGAGCCGUUGGAAGGAAGUGCUGUAGAGACGAGUGACAAGGCGCAAGUUGCCGAGUCUGCACGCGAACCCUCGUCUUCGGCGGGGCGUACCAUCUACGACGCUUUCCCGGCGUUCGCCUCUGCCGACCGAUACGAACCUCGUCUCGGUACCUUCCCCACGGCCAAGCCCCCGACUACUGCCAUCCCGUCACUCCCUCCGCCUCAACCUCGUGCCCCCUCUCCGGCACAAGAUAGCAGCCCCACGCGGCCCAUACAGAGGACCGGCGGUGGUAUGCGGAUUUCAGCGUUGUUGAAUGACGAUGUCCCGGCAGAGACAAAGCCUGUACUCGAGACUGUCCCUGAAACCGGGUCUGAUGGUACGGUCGAAGAGUCUCCCAAGGGUGCGCCUCCAGCGCCUUCGACGACAGUCCCAAGCUAUCGCUACGAGCCGCCCCAGCAUCUCGACGAACGUUACUCUACAAGCAGACCGUCACACUCUCCCUCUCUACCUCCCCUUGGCUACCCUUCAUCUGCAGGGUGGAACGGGCAUCAAGAGCAGCAUCGACGGCCUCAGACUGCCAUGCCUGCGCCAGACUGGUCGCAUCGACGAUCAUGGGACGCGCACCCCCACCCGAGCCAGCUCCCUCGAGCAUCGUCUUAUGGCGGACAACCGUCCCUCCAUUCGCCGUAUGACAACCUGCCGCCUAUCCGCUCGCAAACACCCCUCGGGCCGUCGUUCAUGAACAAUCACCUGGACAGGCAUGUCUCGCGUGAUCGGGAUGCGUCUUUGCCUCAUCCUGGUGGCUUGGGAGGAAGAGAUGAAGAGAGGCGGGUUGAUGAAAAGGAAGGGAGGUUUGGGGGAGUAAAUCUGCUCGCGAUGAGGUAUCAUGAGAAUGGGCAUGUGCACGGGAGCGAGAUGAGGGAGGAGAGGCAGGAACCGAGAAGACACAGCGACGGAGCGUGA